AUGUCUGUGUCUGGCAACUGUUGCCGCAGCUGCUGCUCACACAUGUUGCAAAGCGGAGUGUCUCAGACCAACUGUGUGAUGCUUGCCUUGAUGUGGCUGCUGACAUCUUCGAUGGCCAUCGCUGCAAGCGGCAUAGACUUGUUGCCUUACGGAACGGAAACAGGCGAUGUACGCAUGGCGCGGAUGGACGACGGUAGCUCUACUGCGGUCUCCCUGCUUAUCGACCUUCCUUUCUUCGGGAAUCGUUUUUCCGAGCUUUGGGUGAACACCAAUGGGAUCAUCUCUUUCACGCGGGAGAUCACGUGGUUCACGCCUUCCUCAUUUCCUCUCGAUGGCGGGGUGCCUGUGGUGUCCCCAUUCUGGGCAGAUAUUGACAUCACCCGGCACGGGGACAUCUUCUAUCGCGAGACCGUGGAUCCCGAUGUCGUGACAGCAGCACAACGCAUAGUUGAUGUGCACGCACCAAUGUUUCGAGGAUUCGCCAUUGAAGUUGCCUUUGUUGCUACCUGGUUUGAUGUGGCCGCAUUCGGUGUUGACAGCAGUAUCCGAAAUACCUUCCAGUGCGUCCUUGUGACAGAUGGCCAGCAGACUUUGGCACUCUUCUUAUAUGGUGACAUCAUGUGGACGACAGGGACAGCAAGCGGUGGUAACCACUUAGGCUUGGGCGGCGUCCCGGCUCAAGUGGGGUUUGAUGCUGGAGACGGCCAGCGAUUCUUCGCGGUUCCAGAGUCUCAGACGCCCGCGGUAGUGAAUGUGUCAUCGCUUUCAAACGUUGGCUCUCCUGGCCUCUUCGUCUACCGGGUUGAUGGUUCCGCUUUUGGAAGCAGCGAGGCCAACAGCACGUGCAAUGGGGCUCUCGGAGUAUCACCCUUGUACGAUUCACCCGCCGGUGGCUCCGAGCUUUCCUUGCAGACGAUCGACGAUUGCUUCAACGUGACCAUGCUCGAUGCAAGAUGUGUCUUCAUCAUCGGCGACUACCGGGAGGCCGUGCCGGCAGCAGUCACAAGCCCCACAACUGUUCGCUGCAUAGCCCCACCGGUUGGGACAUUCGGCCGGGCAAAGUUGGGGUUGUCAUUGGAUGGUGACGCCAUUAGCAUGAAUACGACGUUCUACUACCUGCCACAAAUUCAACCCACAGCACAGAUGACCAUUGGGGAUGACCCCGCGGGAAGUUUCCAGGUCAUUGCUUCGAAAGAUGACUUCAUGAACAUCACGUGGGGGCCGAGUUCUGAUGGCACAGCUGCCAUGGACUUGCUGGCCAUCAGCUACUUCGACAAUGCAGAGAUUGAAGCAUUCUACUUGUUGGCCAGAGGCAUUCCUGACACCGGAGCCUUGCAGAUUAGCACAAGCAACCUUAGCGCUGCAAUGUCGAAUGCAAUGGAGGCGAAUGGCACCCGCACUCUAGCCUUUCGACUCCUUCUUUUGCCGGCGAUGGGUCUAGGUCUGGAGCGGCGGCUGAUGCUCCCAUUUCUGGCUGGAGCGCUUGUGACCACUGCCGUGCGCAUCACGAAGGCCACAGCGUAUCGAGCCAUGGCGGCCAUGGCGCGGUGGAACCCAGACAGGGUUGUUGACAACGUGGUCAGAUUUCCCUUUCACACGAUACCGACUGUCCUGGCCCUUCCAGGACAGGUGUCGGACGUUUGGAGGAGCACUUGGGACAACUGGCUGCGACACGAUGACUGGGGAGAGUUCCCAUGCAUUCCUUGCACACGAGAUCUCGCUGAGGAUCACCCAGACUGGGUGGUAGACAACAGCUGCCGGUCUGCGGAAGAUUGUCGCUACCAUCCUGGCAGUGAGAUUUGCUACAGAACUCGACAGCCCAAUGAUCGUGGAGAGGGGGAACAGGUGUGCUACCUCAGUGAUGGGACUAUCAACACUGACCCGGCUGGAGCCGGAACUCGUGAUCGCUAUUGGGGCGGAGGGUCUCUGUGGGGCUGGGAAAAUGUGAAGCAUAUGGUAGCAGAUGGUCUCCCCUAUGGUAUCCUUUUGGCUACCGGAGACACGGACAUCUAUCGCAGACAUCGGCCAACCUAUCAACCUGGCGAUCCCUGCUGUGCAGAUCUGCCGCGACUGGCUGCAGCCCGUGGUGAUCCACACCUGGCCUCCUUCGACGGUCUGCUUUACAGCUUCAAUGGCUUGGGUGAGUUCUGGUUCCUGCAUAUGGAAAACGGACGACUGCUGGUGCAAGUGCGCAUGGAGAAGCCUCAAGACUCGGAUUCGGCCACCAUCCUCACCUCGGUGGUUCUAAAGACGCCGUCCAGCAAAGCCAUUCAGGUGGGUUUCCGAGGAGCUCAGCGGGAGACCUUGCAGGUGCUUGUAGAUGGCGAGGCACAGUUCUUCGAUGAGAUCUUAGACUCUCAGGACUUCGAGGGCGGCAUCUCAGUCGAGUUGCCAGUGGGCAGUCCUCCGAGGGCGACCAUCCGUGUUCUUGGGCUCCUCCAGUUAGACCUGACUGCGGCAGAUGGAUCCCUUAGCCUCUUGGCGCGAGCCUUUGCAGGGCUUUGGAAUUCCACAUCGGGGCUGGCGGGAAUCUACGAUGGCUUCCAGGACAACGACUUUUCUGCCAGGAAUGGGACUUUGCUGCCUACAAAUGCAUCACAGAGGCAGCUGCACUUUGACUUUGGCUUGUCAUGGAUGUUGACUGCGGACGAAACUCUGUUCACCUACAAGGGAACGCGGACUUUCGAGAGCCUUAGAAAUCCAGGCUUCACGCCAUUGUUCAUGGACGAGUUUGCUGAGUCAAAUGCAGCGAGCCCCAGUGAGAAGGAGAUUUGUGGAGAGAAUUUGGAAUGCCUUUUCGACCUUCGAGUCACAGGCAGCACCCAGAUUGCAGCUGCCACAGUAGAGCAGCAAGCUGAGUUUCAGCAUGUUGUUGAGGUCGUGCAGAGGUUGAGGACCACCUUCGAAAAUACGACAACCAGGACGACUACGACCGUGACGUCCGCAACUACGACCAGCAGUAGUACUCGCACAAGCAGCAGCAGCAGCCGCAGCAGCAGCAGCAGCGUCAGUACCAGCAGCAGCACUAGCACUUCCACAAGCCUGACGAGGACUUCGGAGACCAUCACGAUGACCACCGAAGCCUCGACCACUGCCAGCCAAACAGGUACCAGGACCCGAUCGCCCUCCACGACUUCCUUUCAAGUCCGGCCGGCUGCAUCCAUGGGGGUCUCGCUGAGAGCUCCCGUGCUGAGUUGGCUGUUCUACUGGCUUAGCUUCCCAAGGGGCAUGUGA